UUGCAGGGCUGUGUCAAAGUUUGGGAUAUUAGCCAAGCUAGUGGUAAAAACCUUGUUUCAACAUUAGAUUGCUUACGUGAUAAUUAUAUUCGUUCUUGUCGCCUUUUACCYGAUGGCCGAACUCUUAUUGUUGGAGGUGAAGCUAGUACUCUUACAAUAUGGGACCUAACCUCACAGCCAAGAAUUAAAGCAGAGUUGACGUCAAAUGCUCCUGCAUGUUAUGCUUUGGCAUUAAGCCCAGAUUCAAAAGUUUGUUUUAGUUGUUGUAGUGAUGGUAAUAUAGCAGUGUGGGACCUUCAUAACCAAACAUUAGUUAGACAAUUUCAAGGACAUACAGAUGGUGCUAGUUGUAUUGAUAUAUCACCAGAUGGAACUAAAUUAUGGACAGGUGGUUUGGAUAAUACUGUUCGAUCUUGGGACCUACGGGAAGGAAGACAACUUCAACAACAUGAUUUUACUUCUCAAAUAUUCUCAUUAGGAUACUGUCCYUCUGGUGACUGGUUAGCUGUAGGGAUGGAAAAUAGUAAUGUUGAAGUACUUCAUCAAUCCAAACCUGACAAAUAUCAACUUCAUUUGCAUGAAAGUUGCGUAUUAUCUCUCAAGUUUGCAUACUCUGGAAAAUGGUUUGUUACAACUGGUAAAGAUAACCUACUAAAUGCAUGGAGAACACCAUAUGGAGCAAGUAUUUUCCAGUCAAAAGAGUCUUCGUCAGUUCUAAGUUGUGAUAUAUCGGCAGAUGACAAGUACAUUGUUACUGGUUCUGGAGACAAGAAGGCUACACUAUACGAAGUGAUUUUCUGAUGAAAAUCCUAUGACAUACUAGAAUAUCUAAAACAAGCCAUUUGAAAUAGAUAAGGAAUAAAUAGCAAAGUAUCAGGAAUAUUCUGAUGCUCUGUUUGUAAACAUGGGGAAGGAUGGUUUUUACUCUGUACAAUAUCCCUUCCUGUUCACUUGGAAGGGAGAUCUGCUGUCCAUUACAAAAGAAAUAUGAGGACAAUUUUGUUAAAAGUUGUGUUAAUGAAAACCAUAAGCAUGCAAUGCUUAAACAUUCUCACAUUUCACCAAUUAGAUAUUUGAAUGAGAAAAUAAGUCAAAAGAAUAAAUCAAGUAAAAGUAAGAAAUCCUGAAUUAUACAUAUAAUUCUAUUGACAUUCUCAUAUCUAAUUGGCUGCAUCAAAGUUUUAAUUUCAUGACCAUUUCAUCAAGCAUUAAUAUUGGUCGUUUUGACUGUAUAUGAAGUUUUCACAGGCUUUUGUAAAUAGCCUUCUUUGGAUAAUAACUGUACAGUAAUAAUAGUUGCCACUAAAAAACUUGUAAUUUUUGGUAAAUAAAAAGUUAUAGUGUGUUUAUACAACA